AUGAACAGUCGUGUAAAUUCGCCAAUGGUGUUUCUUCAAAGACAUUUGUCAUAUGAAGACCAUCCAUCACCAAAGCAACGCUUCUCACGAUGGAAUAGUUAUGAACUUGAAUUGAAGGCAUUGAUUAGUAAUAUCUUAGCAGACAAAUUGAUCAUCUUUUGUCCGAUACCAACAACUAAGGCGAUUAUAUCGGAUUUCCAAAGUUCGGUUCCGGAUUUCUGCGAUCAGUUCGAGUUAACAGCAAAUCCACUAGCUGGAUAUUGCCGUGUCAAAACGGUUCGUUCUCAAAUAUGCAAUUCCGACCGACGUGUACUAGCCGGAACGAAAAAAGGUGGAGUGUCACAAGCAAUUGUUCUCGGACACGAAGGUAUUGGCUUUAUUGCUCAACUAUCCAACACGCACACACGAAAUGAUUUACAAGUUGGUGAUUUAGUUGUUCUUGGUCCACAUUUCGUCGAAGCGAACGAUCAUUGUUUGAAAAAUGGUGUACCAAAUCUAAGCUGUGAAAUGAAACAUCUGGGAAUACACAUGAAUGGUGUAUUUGCAGAUGAAAUGGACUUUCCGGAAUAUACAUUGAACAAAAUUACAAACUCCAAUGAAAUUAUCGAAAAAGCAACUAAUCCAAGCGAAUAUUACGAUCAAAUGGUUUUCAUUGAACCAUUAGCUUGCGUUCAACGUGGGUAUAAACUACUUCAAAAGCAACCAUAUUUCAACAUAAAUGCAAUUGAAACGAUUCUCAUUCUUGGUACUGGUCCUAUGGGUAUUAUUCAUGCAGUGCACAUUCAGAAGAAAUAUCCUCAUAUCAAAGUAUCAAUCACAGAUAUUGAUUCAACACGACGAAAUUUAGCGAAAAAUCUACCGAACUUACUAGCAGAUGUUGUUGAAAUUGAUGCACUCGGAGAUAACAUUCAGUUUGAUAUGAUCGUUGUUGCCACAAGCAGUCGAGAAGCAAAUGUUCACAGUGCGAUCAAGUUCAUUAAGCACAACGGUGUGAUUCUAUUAUUCUCAGGCAUAGAUAUGAAAAAUGGAGAUGUACGACCAGUGAUCAAUGGAAUUGAUAUCGAAACUGUUCAUCGAUAUGAACACAGUGUGCAGCUGAUUAACUAUGCACUCAAUUUGGAUGCGCAGAUAACAAAAUCCAUGUAUUUCAUGGGAACAUCUGGUUAUGUUAAAGAUGAUUUUGAAACAUCAAUUCAAGAAUUGCACGAAGAUUUCAUGCUCGGAAGUGAACUUUGUCUGUACAGACGAAUAGCCACAUCGGUUAUCAACAAGCUCGAUGGAAAUGUUGUUCACGAUCUAACAGGUGCAUUUCGAGAUAUUACAUUCGAUAUGCCGGCAAUCAUUCCAUUGUUGAAAUUAUUCGAUGAGAACGAUGCAAAUGAUUCGGAUGUCAAUGUACACAAUCAUUUGAAGAUACUCAUCCGACAUGAGAAUUACUUAUAA